GCGCGGCGCCCGGCGGAAGUGGCGGUUGCGCCCGCCGGAAGUGUCGCUCCGCCGGAAGUUCCCGAGGUCUUUGAGACGGUCCCUGGCUGGGGAUCCCUACGGCCCCUCCCCCCCGUGGUUCCCUUGGAAAUAGGGCCCCCCCCGGGCGCUGGCGCCAUGGAGUGCUCGCUGGUGAGCCGGGACGGGCAGCACGAGCCCCUGGCCCUGCCCGACGGGGUCCCCGUGGUGCUGGGCAGGGGGCCCCGCACCCGCGUGGCGGAUAAGAAGUGCUCCCGGACGCAAGUGGAGUUACUGGCUGACUACAAACACCGGGCUGUGAGAGUCACCCAGCGGGGCGUGAACCCUACGUCGGUGGAGGAGCUGCAGCUGCAGCCAGGUGACAGCAGCACGCUGCAGGAGGGGCAGACGCUGUGGCUGGUGAACGGGCGUUACCCCUACACCCUGCGCUUCCUGCCCGCCCCCCGCUCCCCCCACCGGAGCCUGCUGGACUUCUUCAGCCCCAAGCGCCACCCGCCGGCCGAGGGCGAGGAGGGGCGGCCCCCCAAGAGGCCGAAGGCCCCCAGCCCCGAGGAGGAGGAGGAGGAGGAUGACGCUGCCGUGGCCGCGAAGCUGCGCCAGCUGCAGGAGACAGCAGCCAGCGCUGAGCAGGCAAAGGCUGGGGCAUCCCGCCUGCCCCAGGGGGGGUCCUCGGGGCUGCCCCCCCACCCCAGGGACUCCUGGGAGGAGCAUGGCAAGCUGCUGGUCUUCACCAAGGAGGGUGUGAUGCCCAGUGCCAAGGUCGCUGGGUUUGACCUGGAUGGAACCGUCAUCACGACGAAGUCUGGGAAGGUUUUUCCCACCAGCCCCGAUGACUGGAGGAUUUUGUACCCCGAGGUUCCCCGGAAGCUGAAGCAGCUGCAGAACGAGGGGUACAAGAUCGUGGUCUUCACCAACCAGCUGGGGAUCAGCCGGGGGCGCGUGCGCCCCGAGGUCUUCAAGGCGAAGGCGGAGGCCGUGGUGGAGCGACUGGGAGUUCCCGUGCAGGUGUUCGUGGCGACUGGAACCGGGAUCUACCGUAAACCCCUGCUGGGCAUGUGGGAGUAUCUGUGUGAGAAGGCAAACGGCGCCGUGUCUGUGGCCCUGCCGCGCAGUCUCUACGUGGGAGACGCGGCCGGGCGUCCCCCCAAUUGGGCUCCUGGGCACAAGAAGAAGGAUUUCUCCUGCAGCGACCGCCUG